GCGCAAAGUAACGACAUCCUCCUCAGCAUAAUUCGUGCAGGGCUUGAUCCAGGAUAUGAGUUAAAUCACGGUCCAGGAAAGCCUCUCCUAUAUUUAUAUUGUAUAAUUCCCUUCUUAGGGUGGUAACUUUGAGGUCCUAACCUCGAGGUACUCUUUCUCCCCUCGAAUAUCCCCACGAUUUGACAAUAUCUUUUUUCGCGAUUGUCAGGCCUCAAACUCUAUAUACUAUUGACGACUGAAUCAUUGGUUCUUGAAGAUAUAUAUCUCUAGUGUCCUUUUGCGCUCAAGGAUUCUGCUGUGCGUUUGUCUGUAUAUUUUAGAUAGGAGACAUAUGCAUUGUUCUUGGUGAACACUUUUGUUUGCACCAUGACUCGACCACAGAUUAUCCGAGCGGAUACCAUUGACUUGCAAGACCCUCAAUCACCAUCCGCUCAAGAUCAUACCAAGCAACCUUCACACCCCGGUCCCCCUGAUUCAGGACAUCCGUCACCGCAUCAGGCAGAAACUCUGCGGCAGGUUGCUGAGGAGCAGACUCUGGAACAGCAUCAAACGAGCCCGCGUAUCUCUCAGGAGUGGAUUGACCAACAAGGAUCCCAAGAUCAAGUGCAGUUUCACUUUGGAGCUUAUUCUGAGCAUCACCAGCAAUCGUAUUAUGACGAUGGUUAUUACCAUGCAGGACAGAACUAUGAACAUGGCCAUGACGGCUUUGGGGAGCAGUACGAUGACGAGGACAGGGAAGGGUACGACGAGGAUGCCAAACGUAAAGAGGAAGAGGAGGAGGACGCCAAACGUAAAGCGGAGGAGGAUGCGAAACGGAAAUUAGAGGAGGACGAUACGAUUUCAAGUUCCCCCUCAAUCGAUGAUGAGGAUAUUGACUUCGAAUUCGUCUACGCAUUGCAUAGCUUUGAAGCAACCAUAGAAGGACAGGCAAAUGCCACGAAAGGCGAUACCAUGGUUUUGUUGGAUGAUAGUAAUAGCUAUUGGUGGCUUGUUCGAGUCGUUAAAGACGGCAGCAUAGGCUACCUCCCUGCGGAGCACAUCGAAACCCCAACUGAACGCCUGGCUCGCCUGAAUAAACAUAGGAAUAUAGACUUAUCGCAAACAAUGCUUGGUGACAACCCCGAGAAGUCCAAGAACCCUCUCAAAAAGGCAAUGCGACGACGCAACGCCAAAACCGUCCAAUUCACCGAUCCAACCUAUGUCGAGGCAUCCGAUGUUGAUUUCAGCAGUGACGAAGAAGACGUUGACGAUAUUCACGAAUAUAUAAUGGAAGAAGACGGUACAAAUGCGUCAUUGGCAGAUCAGGACAAUCAAGAGGGAACCAUAACUGUGCAACCGCUCAAAGUAAGAGGGCACGAAAGGUCCGGAUCUGAAAAUGCGCAGUCAACACCUCCAUCGCAGACCACCACUCAAAGUGCAACGGAGGAUCGGGGUGCUGAUUCGAGAACAAGUGACGAAAUCGGUUCUCGCGCAGGGGAUGCAGCCUCUUCGGUCUCCCGUAAUGGCGUUGUACGCAACACCGAUUCUUUCUUCAAGGAUGACAAUGUCGAGACGAGAAAAAUAACGCUUACGCCCAACUUGCUUCGGGAUGACUCCAACUAUGCAAAUUCAAAGACAAAAUCGAGCCCCGAUACGUUGGAGAGACUUGCCUCGCCGGAGAAAACGAAAGACGACCGUAGGAAAAAGGAGAGGAAGUCCGGUGUUCUCAGUGGUCUUUUCAAACGGAAAGAUAAGAGGUCGAAAGGUCAUGAUGACGAAGAAGACGACAUGGACAAAAGCACCACAGAAUAUGCUCAAGAGUCCGCGAAUUCUAAAGGCUCAGAGGAAUUUUCCAGGGUUGAUUCACUGGCGGUUCAGCCUCCGCAACAGCCUCAGCAAGCACAAAGGCAGCCAGGUAAGCUGCAGAAACCUCCACCGCCCCGGGAGCAGCAAACAAAACGCAGCUCCGGAACCAAAACAUCAAAUCGCCAGCAAAACAAUGGUGCUGACCAGGAAGGCCAUCUUGGUAUAUCUUCAACGCCGAGCAUGCGUCUUGUAGAACCAGAGCCAGAUCAGCGCAGUCCAGAGAAACCCGCCCCUCUUCGGGUCCAGAUUCCUGAGCAGCAAACGCAAGAGCCGACUACCGAAGCAUCCGAUCCUCCCAGAGCGAGGCAGGAAGCACCUUCCUCAUCACUGCCUGAGCCAAGUAUUCGAUCGGGUAACAAGGUGGAACCUAAGCAGCAAGGUCUGCAAUCAGCGCACUCCGAUGUGUCAAGUCGGGCAGCACCUAGUGCAACUACGGAAAGCGAUGCCAAGCAAUCAAACUCGAUACCUGUGUCAGUUCAGGUUGAACAUCAAGACCAUGGAGAGAGACUUUCGGAAUCUCCAGUCGAAAUCUCUCCUCUCGAUGCUGAUCUCUCCACGGAGCCUCCACAUCUCGUUGGCGAUACGUCCUCUCAAGAGGAACCUACAACGUCUCUUAUCUCGCCUUCUUCGCCUGAGCCGCACCGCCGUCUAGAUGGCAAAAUUUCGGAAGACACACCUAUUUCCACUGCGUCUUCGCUUGAAAUGACUGCGCCGUGGAGCUUCGCAAAUCUUAAAGCCUACUUUGAUGAUGAUCGGAAUGUACGCGAUUUGUUGCUCGUCGUCCACGAUAAGACAGGAGUAAAGCCAGUAACCUCUGAGCAUCCAAUGCUACAGGGGCUCUUUGGUGAGGAGAGGAAGCAGCUCGCUGAAAUGAACCGCAAGCUUGAUAACAUGUUACAUGAAUGGUUGGCUAAAAGACCACAUAUCACCGCUGCAUAAACCCCAAACUUUACUGUUUUCUCUUUCUGUUUCUCGGAGUCUUUACUGAGGACAAUAUGAAAAUUACGAGAUUCCAACCCACUUUUGGACUAAUUCAGGCCUUGUUGUGCCGAUGCGGAGUUGGAGGACACAUGCAUAUAAUUAUUCCUUUUGCACUGAUACCUAGUAAUGCACCUGGCCUCUCUUUAUUUUUCCAGUUCAGCUUGCAAUUUCGUCGUCAUAGCAUUUAUUAAAUUCCAAGGCCAUUGACCUCUCAUCACUCGCGGCGAUUUCAGUGGGUUAUCUUCGUAGAAAAGGGCUAUAGCUGUAGACUCUAGGCAUGUGCUCGUUUGAUGGAAUGUGCUUUCCAUUUCGACCAAGAAAUCCCAAUCUGACGUGAAAUAUUUUCCAGUCGAUUAGUCUAAUUUAUUUUUUAGUGAUGCAUUUGACAUGCAGUUACUAUCAAUAACAUUUUCAUGCGGC